CUGACUGCAGGAGGCAGCAGUGUGCCGCAGAGCCCGUGAGGCUGCCGGAAAUGAAGCCGCAGACGAGGCGCUGUGCCGUAAAUGGAAAGUGAAGAAAGUGGUGCGCGGCUCCGUUUCAUGGGGGUGACUGAUAUCAGGCGUCUUUCACAGAGUGUGAGCAGCUGCUGAGGGGGCGACAGACUCGCCUGUCAGGACAACUGAAGAAGAAGAAGGAAGGUGGAGGAGGAGGAUGGCCGGCUUUUUGGAUAACUUCCGCUGGCCCGAGUGUGAAUGCAUCGACUGGGGCGAGAGGAGGAAUGCCGUGGCCUCCAUCGUGGCCGGAGUUCUGUUCUUCACUGGCUGGUGGAUCAUGAUCGACGCCGCUGUGGCGUAUCCAACCCAGGAGCAGAUGAACCACGCCUUCCACACCUGUGGCGUCUUUUCCACCAUCGCUUUCUUCAUGAUUAAUGCAGUUUCCAACGGCCAGGUGAGAGGGGACACGUACGGAGAAGGCUGUAUGGGCCGGACAGGAGCUCGUCUCUGGCUCUUCAUCGGCUUCAUGAUGAUGUUCGGAUCGCUCAUCGCCUCCAUCUGGAUCCUGUUUGGAGGCUACGUAGUGCCGAAGAAAGAAGUGGCUCCGGGCCUGGCUGUGUUCUUUCAGAACGCCUUCAUCUUUUUUAGCACUCUGAUCUACAAGUUCGGCCGCACUGAAGAUUUAUGGGGUUAAGACGUCUCUACACACACACACACACGUCUGGUUUGCUUCAGAUGUUUUGUAUUCUGCUGUUUUAAUCGAAGCUGUAAAAACACUUUUAGUAUUAAUGUUGCUUUUUAAAUGGAGACCAAUCAGUGCUGCUGCGCGCACACACACAUGCAUGUAAAUAUAGCUCUGUUGUUAUGUUUCACUUCUCUCUCUGUGUCAGUCUGCGUGUUUUGUAAAAUGAGGGAAUUCCUGCUGGCGGGCAGGACCGCCGGUCUUACUGUUAAAGUGUCACUCUGGGAGAUUUCAGCCUCACUUCCUGUUGGUUAAAUGCUAAAGGUCACAUGUUAGCUGUAAACAGCUGGAUGUGAGACUCGCCUCUCGCUCUGACAAGAAGACGUAAACAAAAAGCCGAACAAACCGGCCCCGUCCUGCUGUGGUUGGAUGUAGAACAGUCGAGCGGAGCGAUGUGUAGCCGCCACAGGACGGAUGCUAACCUGUUAGCCACAGGUGUCUCACUCACACACACACACACAGUGUUUCACCUCAUCCAUCAGAUCACGCUCACUCUGGACCGUUUUAGGUUUUGGGGUCAGAUUAAAAUCGUUUUAGGUCACUUCCUGUGACUCCUCCAAAUUAAAAGUCUGUGAUUGUUACAUGUAUUUUUAAUGAAAAUCUUCCAGGCUGACACUUCAAGGGGGCGGGGCUAAUUUAUAGCUGGAAGCACAUUUGCUGUCUCGUCUCAGUCUGACACUGGAUUAUAAAAGGACGUUUGUCUUCCUGAACUUCCUGUUUGUGACUACGAUGUGUGUUGAUGAGUUUUCAGUAUUAAAGUUUAAAAUCUUGGCUGCUUCAGUCGUUCCUGAAGCUCGGAGCAGAACUCAAACUGUCAUUUUUCUGAAACAAUAAAAAGUUUUGUGGGCGUGGCUGUGAGCUGCUGCUUUGUUUGUUACUGUAACCUUUGACCUGCUGUUUACUGGAAGCAAUGACUCAGCCUCACCAGUGACUCAGACAUUUUAUUAAGGUGAACUCCGCUUAUUCAGAAGGACGGGGAGUCGACCUCUGCAGGGAGGAGGGGCUUUCUAUGACCCCCCCCCCCCAAAAAAAAAAAAAGAA